GCGAAGGCGUCGACCUGCGCAUCCCCUCCCACUACCUGCCCGUGGCCCGCCUCGCGAUGCCGGCGCUGCGGGAGGGCGCCGCGGUGACGGCGAGCGCCGCUGGGCUCCGCGUCAAGGCCUCCAUCCUUGGGCGCGACGCGAGCCCGUUCGGCAAUCCCCAGCGCUUCCCCGUGUUCCCGAAGGUGGAGCGCCCCUCUCGCCGCUGGGGCGCAGACUUCCCGGCGCACGCGGCCGCCCGGGCGUGGUUUCCCCUGCGCCCGCCCGCGCGCGGCGCGGCGGGGCCAGACGACGAGGUGCUCUCGCUGCCGCCCACGCCGCGAGACCGCCCGGCCGCGCGCCGCUUCCGGCGGCCGCUGCCGCCCGGGCGCGCCCGGCCCGU